AGGCUGGAAACAAAGUGGCGUAAUGGCGCGGUCCGGGUUGGAGCCACUGUCAGAUUUUGGGGACUUUACGCGUGGCAAAGAGCUGACUGAAAUCUUAAAACUGACCUGUAACCUGUCAAACGUCCGCCUGAGCCCAGAUGGACGUCACAUCCAUGUCAUCCUCCGCAAGCCUAAAGUCGGUCUUGUGACUUUUGACAAGUAUGAAAGACUCCAGCUGGCCCAGAACCAGAAGAAACUGGAUUUACGCUCAACACGAACUGUACCCAUUGUGGAUGUUUUAUAUUUGGACUCUAAUAAGAUCAGCAGCAGCAGCAGCGGGAGGGAGACUGCAACUGUGGCUGUGAUUUAUGAGGACGGGAAAGCUGAGUUUUGGAGAUUCCAGGAGUGCAAAGCAGGCUGGCACCUCCUGCAAACAUCAGACUUGUGCAACAGCCCCCGAGCAAGAGUGGUGUCCGUGUGUGCCUGUCCUAAUCUAAUCAUCUGGUGUGAGGAGAGGCCGCCCUCGGAGAGCUCCCCGGCCCUCAGCUCCACCAGGAAUAAACUGAGAUACUGCGUUUGCAGACGGGACUUCGAGGUGGAGGAGGCGGCGGGGGCUGUCAGCCUGGGUGGGGUGAAGAUCGCCCUCCACAACAAUCCCAAAUUCAGCGUGGUGAGCUCGGGCGAGCGCGUGCAUCUCCUCCCCGACGUGAAGGUGAAGCCUCUGCUGAGCAUCGCCAAGUUUUUCCUCUCCUGGUCCCCGCGCCGCGACUCCUUCACAGUGAGCACCACGUGCCAAAACACGCCCCUCAAAAAGCUGUCAGCGAAAGAGUCUGACUUUAAGAGAUUGGUGCCAGACUAUUUGGGAUAUCUGUCGACUCUCGACCCCCCUGAGAUCUUUGACUUUUCGCCGACAGGCUGUGGGGGCCUGCUGCUGCUGCUCAGCACGGGCUGGGUGUGUUUUCUGCAGAAAGACGGGGUGCUGAGGCAGGUUUUUAAGCUGGAAGACAACUGUUUGGUCAAAUCUGGCACUCACACCAGCCUCUGCAUGUACCAGGACACGCUGGCUCUGCUUACAGGGCAAAACCUGCGUCUGAUAGAUGUGAACUGCGGCAGGGAGCUGGACAAGCUCACGCUAAAGAGAGAGGGGAUAUUAUUUGUAAACCGAGCUGAAAAAUGGUCACCUCACCUUCUCACAGAAACUGGACUAUUUAUGUUAUUAAACAAGGAGACGGACUCCAACAAGGUGAAGCCCUGUGGUUUCAGCACGACAGAGAGUAUUGAUGCCGGAGCCCUCCUCGUCGAGUCUGUCUUCGAGGAAGCGUGUAAAUACUACCAGCAGAGGAGCCUGAGCAGCACCCAGCUCACUGUGGACAAGCUGAAGAAAGGGGGGAGGUUUCAGGCCCCCAUCUCUUUAGCCUCCAUCCUCAGGAGCUACCUCCUGAGGCAGAAAGGAGCCGAGGCAUCCCAGGGAGGGGAAGACGGACGCGCUGCGGGGCAAGACAAGCUCACGGUUUCUCUGGAGGCUGAGCUCAAGUGUCUGGUCACUCUGGAGGAGGUCAAGGGCAGCUUAGUGAGGGGGAGCGUGAAAGAGGUGGAGGCCGUGUGUGAGACGCUGGUCGAGAAAGAAGUGGCGAGGCUGCUGUCCUCGUCGGAGCUGGAGCAAGAGGCUCUGCUUUACCUGAACUCUAUUUUCGGUGUCUUCCCCAGCCAGGCGUGGAGGGCGGCACAGGCUGCCCUUCAGCUGCACUACAACGGGGAGUGUUCUCUGUCCAGCCGGGCCUCUCCAGAUGUGUGGAAAACUGUCCUCAGUCCCGCUGUGACACCCAGCACCGCAACCCCGGUGGCACUCACAAACGGCAGGCCCAAACACAAUCACAGCAUCAAAGGUGAUCACAUUGCCAAUUGUAAAGCCAAACCUACAAGCUCCACCCCCUUGGCUAACCUGCCUGUGUUCGAGCUCCUCUGCCACUCCAUUUUCCACUUCCAGCCCAGCUGGUUGCCCACUUUCCUGGAGCUUGCCCAGCAGCAGCAGGGCUCUACGGGUCUGGGCCUGAGCCUGGCCUCCUCCUCCUCCUGGGGCUUCUCCAGUGCGAGAGGAGGGGAGGCCGGGGAGAACAAUGUCCCACUCUACAAACGGGCCCUGUGCGUCUUGUCCAGUCUGAGCAUUGAUCGAGCCCUGCAGCAGGACCUGGAGGUGGAGCUGCUGCUGGUCAGCGGGCGGCCCAACGCCAUCCUCCAGGCCCUGAGGAUCCUCAUGGCCACGCAGCAGUGGGAGAAGGUUACACAGGUCGCCCAGAAGUUCUGCAAGCAGAGUCCUCUGCUCAACAAGGAGAUUUUCACUACUCUGCUGUGCGAGGUGGCCCACCAUCGAGACCUAGACCCCUACCUGGACUUACUGUGGGUGCUGUGCCCCGAGGACCUCACUGUCACGACUAUUCUCAACCUGGUGCUUAAAAACCUCCCCUCCCCGAACAGCCCCCCUUCAUCUUCCCCCUCGUCCUUCUCCAUGUCCAUCACGUCCCCCUCGCCCCCUGCUCCCUUUGCGGACCCCCAGAACAGCCAGUUAACCAUCGGGCUGCUGAAACCGCUGCUGCGAAAAGUCCUCCAGAGGGAGACCAAGCCGAGCCAGCGCUACGCCGACAUCCUCCAGUCGCCGUCGUUCCCCCCGCCCGCACCUCCCCGCCAGCCCGCAGAGCAACCGAACCCCGCCGCAGAUCCCUGCAGGAACUCGGCCGCGGAGGGCGAGAUCGCGGCAGAUUUUCUUGCGGAAGCGCCCGAGGGGCAGCCGCCCGCGCGCACGGCUCUCGCGAGAACCAGGGUGGCACUUCCUGCUAACACGGUGUGAUUUAAAAAAAAAAAAAAAAAAAAAAAAAAAAAGAUGAACAAAAAGACGAUCGAAAUGGAGAACAAAAAAACCUGCCACACAAUCUGACUGUGAAACAAACUGUGUCGACAAUCAAAUUAAAAACACAAUCUCAGUAUGCGACAGAUCAGUGCGAUGCAGUUAAUUGUGAUGUUUGAGAGUGUUUUUUAAAAUAAGAAUGGUAUUAUCAGAUGAAGUAUGACUACUAAAAACUAUGAAAUGACUACUGAAGAUCUUACCGGUGUAAAUACUGCAGGUAAUUCUAAGCCUUAAUGUGUAUAUACUGUAUCUGUGAUGUUAUUUAUCUCCUUAGCCUUAACUGCACGUGGAUUGCAAAAUGUUGUUGCAUUGAAUAAGCUUAGCCUUUAUCUGAAUACCAUCAAUAUAAAUGAUAAUAUAUUGUUUCUAACACAGUGUGGUGUCUUCUCAUCUCUGACAAAAAAAAAACCGAGCCACUAAUUCCCUUUUUUUUUUUUUUUUUUUUUUUUUUUAGGGGUGUAUCAUAUCUGUGUGUCGAUCUUUUUUUAGUUUGGAGUUUUAAAUAGAAAACGCCUCUCAUCUAUAGCCGAGUUAACCUAUAGCUUCCUGAGUGGGUAAUCUUCAGUGUUAUCCAGACGAGCUGGCCUUUGUGUUUGAAUGUUUGUUUUUAAGUGUUGUUUGGGUUUGAAGAGGGGUCCAAGGUUCCCUCACUGAUACUAGUAUUAGUAACAUAUGACAGGUUUCUUAAACAUUAACCUGUCCAGACCGUGUAACAUCUGUAAACCAAACACCCCCCCCCCCCCAAAACACACUCUACAUGCCUGGCGUUUACUUCCAAUUUUUUUUUAAAUUCUGGUCCUACAUUUCUCUCUUCUCUUGACUCCAUCUUGUCCUGUCUGCCUCCCUCGCAGCUUGACUCACAAGACAUUCCUCACAAAACACCCCAGAAAGAGUGACUCACAGUUUGACUUUAAUUCAAUUUGGGAGGUAAUUGCGUUAAGAUUGAAGCGAGGGCUGGGCACGACGUGACUACCGACAGGCGCUCUGCUGCUUGCGUAAAGUCGUGUUGGUCCUCAGCGAGGGUAAUGUCAUUAGAGAUGUGAAGCCCUCUGUGUUAGGUUUGCUCUGAAACAGAUUGCACUUUCAAACCUCCCCCCGCCCCCCUCCCCCACAGUCAGUAUUGUUUUUAAUGCAUCUGUUGACAUGAAUGUUUUUUCCGAUCAAGUGCUGUAAACAAACGCAUAUUUAAGUGCCUAUUAUCUCUGGUGCCUGUGUUCAUUCUGUUUGUGUAGCUUGUUUAAGUCAGAGAGAGAGUUUUUUUUUAUAUGUUACUGCGAAGCCCUCACAAACAUUUUGAUUUGAUUUUAACAAGCUUUUAAUGCUACUAACUCUCUGCUCAGUAUGGGCGAGGCACUGAAACUCUCGUAAAAACGUCUUUAAGAGUUGAGUGGCAAUCGGACUCCAAAAUGCUGCCGAACAAUCAGAGUGCCUUUCACAGUGCUGCUAUUUACAGAGCAGUGUCACAUUCCAUGCUGGGACUCCUCAGCUUCACUAAUAUUCUGAAGAAAGAACUGGAGGUCUCUGACUUUUAGAGAACAGUGUUUUUAACCGUGUUCGCUUGUUUUUAUUGGUCAUUGAAGUUGGUAAAAAAAAAAAAAAAAAAGCCCUCGGACUCUGCAGUCUGUUUUUUUAUGACUUACUCUACGACUUGAAACCGACUCAUGUCUUACUAUAAUCGAGAGUAUGAACAGGAACAUUUCUGUUUUUACUGUGUGCCGCUCAUGUUUCAGAGUGACUGGGAACUCCCUGACUUCCCCAGAAGUGCUGCUCAGCCUGUUAUGACGGUUGCGAUGUUGAAACAUUAAUUUGCCCUCUCUCGUAGAAAUACCUGCUGGAUUUACUCUGCAAUGUUUGAAUUUAGGAAGUAUUUGAAAAAUAGAGGAUGUAUACGUGGUGUAUUUAUGAAUGGAUGCUGUAUGCUAUUAAACUGAAGAUACAA